CGCUAGUAUACACCGCGCGAAUCGGCAAAGUGAAGAAUAUGACAGCUCCACCUCAACGUGGCUAGGGCCCUAGACUAGAGAUCAGACUACUCUAAGGAGACAGGGGAUAUGAUGGGCUGCCGCCAUUCAGAGUCACAUGUACUGCACAGUUCAUGCAGUCUUGUCAACAAGGAAAUCACUGCGGAGGCAAUUCAUUCUUCUACUGCCAUCCCCUCUGUUGAGGGCCCCUGCCUCCUUUGUUUCUUUGAAACAUUUCUUUGAAACAGCCCUGAGUGUCCAUAGUCGCAGAAAUGGCUGAGAACCCGCCAGCGCAGAACCCCUUGGAGGUCGAUGACCAUCCUUCCACUGACACCGACUCGGCCUACAACGAAUCAAUAGGAUCCGCCAGCUACGUGACAUCCUUGAGUUCUAGCAUCAAAAACUACAAAUAUGAAAAUGGGCGUCGUUACCACGCAUUCCAUGAGGGUUCAUACAUCUUGCCCAAUGAUGAGGAGGAACAAGACAGAAUGGAUUUCCUCCACCACAUUUACAAACUGAUGCUGGAUGGAGAGCUCAACCUAGCGCCAGUCAAAAACCCUCAAAGAGUGCUAGAUCUGGGGACCGGUACAGGAAUAUGGGCCAUUGACUUCGCCGACGAACACCCUUCUGCCCAGGUUAUCGGGACCGAUUUGAGCCCCAUACAACCUCCAUGGGUACCUUCGAAUUGCGUAUUUGAAAUCGAUGAUUUCGAGACACCGUGGGUGUUCAAGCGAGAGUUUGACUACAUACAUGGUCGUGAAAUAGAGGGCUGCAUAGCCGAUGAAACCCAGCUCUUCCGCCAGGCGUUUGCGAAUCUCAAGUCUGGUGGAUACUUCGAACUCCAGUGUGCUUACCCUUACUGGCUUUCGGACGACGACACCGCGGAAAAAGCAACGAACGCCCAGCUAUGGGUCAAACACGCUCGUGAAGCUUCCGAGAAGUUCGGCAAGAGUCUCACAAAUGCCCCUCUCUUCAAGGACAAAAUGAAAGAGGUAGGAUUUGUCGACGUUCAUGAAAUGGUUUACAAGCUCCCGAUUGGCUCAUGGCCAAAGGAUAAGAAGAAAAAGGAGCAGGGCAAGUAUCAGCUAGUCCAGCAGCUUCUAGGGGUGGACUCCUAUACUCCGGUGCUUUUCUCGCGCGUUCUCGGGUGGGAGCAAACCGAGAUUGAGGUCCUGAAGGCCGGCGUCCGGAAAGAGCUGUCGAAUCCCUCCAUUCAUAUCUACAUUCCCGUCUACUUCGUGUAUGGGCGAAAGCCUUAGGCGAAGAAGGAAGCUAUAUUGUCUCUCGCCAGUCAAAUUCUUUUGGAGCGCAAAAUCUGCAGUGCUAGCAAAAACCUCUUGGUUUCUAUUCCUAUGUUAUCGGCAUCGCGUUCAAUCCGUACAUGGUAACUCUGUUUGCAAAUGACGGUAUAGCGAUCACGAUAGUAAUUCACUUUAGUAUGCACCAAUUCAUUUAGAGACCUCUCAUACUCCUGUCUUUCUUGUGAUCUUUGGACGCCGACGUCCGCUAUAAGUGAUCUCUGCAAUGU